CAGCGAGGGCCAUGCAAAGAUGGUGACCGCCUCACUGCUCGAGUUCUAUUGUCACAGUCGAGCCGCGGACUUGCUCAACUCGCAGCCUGGCUCGAAUGGGCAGUACACGCGAGACUCCCCUGAAGCCCUUGAACUGGGCAGGGAAUUGUACACCAAGCAGGCACAACUCCUCUCCCAGCAUGGUGUGUUGAGUGAAGGUGCCGAAUCGGAUGAACUUCGGUCUAUGCGUCAAUUGUAUCGCGAUACACUGGACAUUAUUGGUCGCAAGGCCCUAGCGGGAUUUAGGUUGGAUACUCAACGAUCGAAUGCUCCUGGCACUCUGUCACGGUCUAGUAGCGAAUUGACCCUUCAUAAAGGUGGUACGGCCUUCGCGCAGCCGCUGCGAAACGCCCAACCUCUUGAGUCACUGCAGAUUGACAUGAAUAAGCUGCUCAGUCGACAGUUGCCUCGCUCACUGGGAGAUCCACUCAAAGCAACUCUUUUUGAAGGCAUGACUGACAAUCCCGGUGUAGAGCCAUCGCGCUAUACAUCGCAAUUUAGAGAGAUUAAGGUUCUUGGUCGGGGCUCGUUCGGCGAGGUUUACCACGUGAGGAACGUUGUCGAUGGGCAAGACUACGCGAUCAAGAAGAUACCUCUCAGUCAGCGCCGAUUCGAGCAACUGCAGGGUGGUAACAAGAACCAUCUGGAGACAAUUCUGAAGGAAAUCCGGACACUUGCCAAACUGGAUCAUACAAAUAUCGUGAGGUAUUAUAGUGCCUGGGCAGAAAAGAUGAGCGAGUCGAUGCUUUUACAGCGGUCCAUGGCGGAGGGUCCCAACAGGAAACUCGCAAUCGUCUUCGAGGAGACGGAACCUUCGAGGACCGGGCCAACCCUGGACACAUCGAGGUUCACCUCAGUAGAAAGCACAGGCGACGAUGAUGACGACUUCUCGGCCGCCCCCGCGAUUUCCCAAGAACCCUCUCACGAUCAGCUCUCUUCCAUGGGCGGCGCAGACGAGGACAUCUUCACGGAUGGCCUUAGUCACGACGCUUCAAGUAUGCAAAUCCAGCGCCGCAAUAGAGAUGGCCUUGAGAUCCCUGCAGUGAUUCUACAUAUCCAGAUGUCGUUGCACCCGAUAUCUCUCCACGCGUACCUUAACCCAGGUCCCAGCAGGCUUGGUGAGCAUAUGGACAAGCCACCACGUCGGCACUGCUUCCAUUUGGUGCCAUCCUUGCAGAUCAUGCUGGACAUUCUUUCAGGGGUGCACUACCUGCAUUCGAAAGACAUCAUCCAUCGUGAUCUGAAGCCCGCCAAUAUCUUCCUGUCGUGGCCGGAGAAACACCAUACCCACAGCUGUCCACCAUGCCAAGCAGACGGUGGCCCGGGUCUUCACUACUGCCAGCCUCGGAUAGGGGACUUUGGUCUCGUGGCUGAUAUCUCGCAUCUGAACGACCCUCCCUCCGAGGAGAAGCACAAGUCACCCGCAUCAUCCAAGCACGGCUCAGCGAUCCAGCACGUUGUUGGUACUGAGUUCUACCGCCCGCCUCUCAACUCCAGCGGACUUAUCUCCAGCGGGUUCGUUCGUGAAUUCCAGAGAAAGGUCGCAAUGGAGCGCCCGGUGCAAUAUGUCUGUGACUGGUCGCUUGACGUCUAUUCUCUUGGAAUCAUUCUGUUCGAGCUGCUCUACCCCCUGAACACGAGAAUGGAGCGCCAUGUCGUGCUGGAUGAUCUGACCCGGGGACCGUACAAGGUGCCUCCUACUGCGUCCUGCCAGGGAGCAUGCCUUCCGAAAGACUUCGUUGAAAAAGUUCACCUGGGUGACGUGAAAUUGAGCAGUGGGGAGACGGUGGCGGACGCCUUGGCCAGCUGUAUUGGCGGCAUGCUGCAUCUCGAUCCUCAUCAGCGCUGGAAAUGUCAGGUCAUCCAAAAACGCCUUCAGGAUAUCCUUGCUACUGUGUAUCCAGACUCGCCUUGACUGAUCAUUUUAGAUGGUCCGCCUCUAUACGCGGUGGGAUUGAUGGAUUAGGAGAAGUCGGAGUACGAUCUUGCUUUUAGCGCCUAGUGAUACAUUCCAUUUCAAUG